AGGGCGGAGCUGCGGCCCGAGAACGCGACGCGAGCCCAGUUCCGGCGAGGAGGCCGCGCCAGUGACAGCGAUGGCGGCGGAGUCGGCGCUCCAAGUCGUGGAGAAGCUGCAGGCGCGCCUGGCCGCGAACCCAGACCCGAAGAAGGUACGCCUAAAAACUUGGCUGCAGUCAGAAGAAAAGGUUAUAGAAGUUGCAGCUUUUAGCUUUCCUUCUGGGCUUUAUAGAAAGCUAUUGAAAAAUUUGAAGAAACUCUCCACUUUGCCUAUUACAGUAGACAUUCUUGCGGAGACUGGGGUUGGGAAGACGGUAAAUAGCCUGAGAAAACAUGAGCACGUUGGAAGCUUUGCCAGGGACUUGGUGGCCCAGUGGAAGAAGCUGGUUCCUGUGGAGCGAAACACGGAGCCUGAUGAGCAGGACUUUGAGAAGAGCAAUUCCCAAAAGCGCCCCAGGGAUGCUGUUCAGAGAGAGGAGGAGGUGGAGGGGGACUACCAGGAACACUGGAGAGCCUCCAGCAGCCAGUCAUAUAGUCCUGAUCACAGACAGAAACACCGGAAGCUCUCAGAGCUCGAGAGACCUCACAAAGUGUCUCACGGUCAGGAGAGGAGAGAAGAGAGAAGGAGGUGCCACAGAGGCUCACCAGUGUACUCUUCAGACCAUGAAUCUUCUGAUUAUGGCCAUGUUCAGUCCCCCCGAUCUUCUGCCAGUCCUCAUCAGAUGUCCAUGGACCAUUACAGAUCCCCGGAGGAAGAUCAUGAGCCCUUUGUUCCACACCAGAAGCCUGGAAAAGGCCACAGUAAUGCCUUUCAGGACAGGCUGGGGGUCGGUCAGGAACGACACCUCGAGGAACCCCCAGGGAAAGGGGUUGUGAGUCAGAACAAGGAGCACAGAUCCUCUCAUAGGGAAAAACGUCCAGUGGAUGGCAGAGGAGAUGAGCGGUCGUGUUUGAGCCGAGAGAAGUCACACAAAGCCAUCUCCAAAGAGGAAAACCGAAGGCCACUCUCAGGGGCGAGCACCAAGGAGAAGCUGUCCUCCAGCGGUGUCAAGAAGGAGAAGGAGAAAGACAGCAGCACCAAGAAGAAGUAUUUACCCCCCUUGGAGGCUGCUUCAGACAACCACCUGAAAAAGCCGAAGCACGAAGACUCAGAGAAAACCAAGUCCGACAGACACAGGCCGGGCCCAGACAGCCUGCACACAGGGAAGGGGGCAGGGGGCCAGCUGCCCAAGGGAAAAGAGAAGGUUUCCAACAACCUGAAGACUCAGGAAGGAAAGGGGAAAACUUCUCAUUUGGAUAGAAAGUCAGCAGGCUCCCUUCCUAAAGCUGAGGAGGCAGAUAUGGAUGAUGAAUUCGAACAGCCUACCAUGUCUUUUGAGUCAUACCUCAGCUACGACCAGCCCCGGAAGAAAAAGAAGAAAAUCGUGAAAACUUCAAACACAGCUCUUGGAGGGAAAGGACUUAAAAAAAAUGAUUCGAAAAGCAGUAGUAAAAACUUGGACUCAGCUCAGAAAUUACCUAAGGUGAAUGAAACCAAGUCAGAGACACUUCAGCCUCCUGGAGCCAAUUCAGCCAAGCUGAAAAAGGUCCCCAUCGAUGCACUGCCAGCAUUGCCGGACCUCCCUUUACCCAUGAUACAGGCCAAUUACCGUCCACUUCCUUCCCUUGAAUUGAUAUCCUCCUUCCAACCAAAGCGCAAAGCACUCUCUUCACCCCAGGAAGAGGAAGAAGCUGGAUUCACUGGACGAAGGAUGAACUCUAAGAUGCAAGUGUAUUCUGGUUCCAAGUGUGCCUAUCUCCCUAAAAUGAUGACCUUGCACCAGCAGUGCAUCCGGGUACUUAAAAACAACAUUGACUCAAUCUUUGAAGUGGGAGGCGUCCCAUAUUCUGUUCUGGAACCUGUUUUGGAGAGGUGUACACCUGAUCAGCUAUAUCGCAUAGAGGAAUACAAUCAUGUAUUAAUUGAAGAAACAGAUCAAUUAUGGAAAGUUCAUUGUCACCGAGACUUUAAGGAAGAAAGGCCAGAAGAGUAUGAGUCGUGGCGGGAGAUGUACCUGCGGCUUCAGGAUGCCCGGGAGCAGCGGCUACGAGUCCUGACAAAGAAUAUCAGAUCGGCACACGCCAAUAAGCCCAAAGGCCGACAAGCAAAGAUGGCCUUUGUCAACUCUGUAGCCAAGCCGCCUCGUGAUGUUCGAAGGAGGCAGGAGAAGUUUGGAACAGGAGGAGCAGCUGUGCCUGAGAAAAUCAAGAUUAAGCCCGCCCCCUACCCCAUAGGAAGCAGCCACGCCCCCUCCAGUGGUGGCAGCAACAGCUUUAACGCCAGCCAUGAGGACCUGGCCUACGACGGCCCGAGCACCAGCAGUGCCCACUUGGCACCGGUGGUCAGCAGCACUGUUUCCUAUGACCCUAGGAAACCGACUGUGAAGAAAAUUGCCCCAAUGAUGGCCAAGACGAUUAAAGCUUUCAAGAACAGAUUCUCCCGACGAUAAACUGAGGCCUGGCCUUGGGGAUGAAAUUUGAGGGGAAGAAAGCAGGGACACUGGGGGUUGGGGAAUGGAGCUUCCGAAGGAGGCCGGGGCCUUUUGGUCUCCGGGUCCUGCCCUGUUCGCAGGUGUGGCUUGCACCUGUGAGCCCGUGUGUGGCAGCCACUGCCUCCCUGCUUGAGAACCCUUCAGAGUUCUGAAGAAGAUGUGAAGCUCAGUCUCACUGAGGAUUUUAAGGUCAAUAUACUUUUGUUGUUAAUUAACGUCUUUGUAAACUAUAAGACAUAGUUUUAAUUAAUAAAUAUCGCCCCCAGAUUGUAUUUAUAUUA